AUGAGAGAGCACGAUAUCGCUGUCUUUGUUCUUGGUUUUCCACUUUAUCUAACUGGGUUUACAGGCAAUGCUUUGGUUAUCCUAGCAGUUUGGAAGAAAGCCAGUCUACGUGCAAUCCCCAACUAUCUUCUGGUAAACAUAGCGGUUUCUGACAUCGUUGCUUUAGUGUUUAUGCCGCUCCCAUUGCUUUUAAAUGUAAUAACAUUAGAAGACGGUGUUCUUGCUGACUAUCUCUGUAAAUUCCUGUUGCUGUUCAACRUUCCAAUUACUUCAGUUUUUGCGUCGAUUUUCACAGUAACUGUCAUGUCUGUAGAGAGAUAUAACGCCGUUAUCAAACCUUUAAAACGUGGAAUUAGACUUCAGAAAGAAAACAUACACUUUGCUAUAAUUGCCAUUUGGUUUGGUGCUGUUUUGGUUACUCUGCCACAUUACAUUGAUGGUGCCUACGCUCAACACACUAAAAAAUGCAGCCAUGAUCAGAGUCGAGAAUCCAUUGAUAAAGACGCCUACAUCAUUACUGAAUUAGUCAUUACCAUUUGUUCGGUAGCCGUGUCGUUCGGAAUAAUCACUUUCUGCUAUUUUAAUAUUGCAAAAGAUUUCUAUUUCAAACAAAAAGUUGCRUCGAGMAAUUUAGGAAUCACKRAAGAAGUAGCAAAGCWACGAACAGUACAAACUCGACAAACUGUGAAACUAUCGCUGACGAUUACAUUGUUGUUUGUUAUUUGUGUGUUUCCUGUGCUUAUCAUAACAUGUUUAAAGGUAUUUGAAGUUCCAAAUCUCAAAAAGCCAUAUACCUACUCGGGCUUUGUGUUUUUUGCCAUGACCUGUCUGAAUCCUUUYAUUCAUUGCUAUCAGAGUAGUCAGUUUCGAGAGGCCUUUAAGGAUAUUCUGGGCCAGUGCUGUCAUUUUCACAUGUGUUAA